AUGGAGAACUGUGGGAUUAAGGGAAUCCCAGAAGUGGAACGGACAGUGAAAGCCAAUGACCGUGAAUAUAAUGAAAAGUUCCAGUAUGCAGAUAAUCGUAUCCACACAUCCAAGUACAACAUUCUUACCUUCUUGCCAAUUAAUUUAUUUGAACAGUUCCAAAGAGUGGCAAAUGCCUAUUUCCUUUUCCUUCUGAUUUUACAGCUGAUUCCAGAAAUCUCCUCCUUGACCUGGUUUACCACCAUUGUGCCUUUGGUCCUGGUGAUAACUAUGACAGCUGUCAAAGAUGCCACAGAUGACUUUUUUCGCCAUAAGAGUGAUAAUCAAGUGAAUAAUCGGCUAUCUGAAGUGCUCAUCGACAGCAAACUGCAGAAUGAAAAAUGGAUGAAUGUCAAAGUGGGAGACAUCGUUAAAUUAGAAAAUAACCAAUUUGUUGCCGCUGAUCUGCUUCUCCUAUCAAGUAGUGAGCCACAUGGCCUCUGUUAUAUUGAAACUGCUGAGCUUGAUGGGGAAACGAACCUUAAAGUCCGCCAUGCACUAUCGGUUACCUCAGAACUUGGAGCAGACUUUAGCAGACUUGCAAAAUUUGAUGGGAUUGUGGUCUGUGAGGCGCCUAACAACAAAUUAGAUAAAUUCACGGGAGUUCUUUCUUGGAAGGACAGCAAGCACUGCCUCAACAAUGAGAAUAUAAUGCUGAGGGGCUGCAUCCUGAGAAACACCAGCUGGUGUUUUGGAAUGGUUAUUUUUGCAGGUCCUGACACUAAAUUAAUGCAGAACAGUGGUAAGACAAAGUUUAAGAGGACAAGCAUUGAUAGGCUGAUGAAUACUCUAGUACUAUGGAUUUUUGGGUUUCUGGUAUGCUUGGGAAUUAUUCUUGCAAUAGGAAAUUCAAUCUGGGAGAAUCAAGUUGGAGACCAAUUCAGAACUUUCCUCUUUUGGAAUGAAGGAGAGAAGAACUCUGUAUUCUCAGGAUUCUUAACAUUCUGGUCAUAUAUUAUUAUUCUCAAUACAGUUGUACCCAUUUCAUUAUAUGUGAGUAUGGAAGUAAUUCGUCUGGGACACAGUUACUUUAUAAACUGGGAUCGGAAGAUGUAUUACUCUGGAAAAUCCACACCUGCAGAAGCUCGGACAACCACUCUAAAUGAGGAACUGGGCCAGAUUGAAUACGUUUUCUCCGACAAAACAGGCACCCUCACUCAAAACAUCAUGACUUUUAAAAAAUGUUCCAUUAAUGGGAAAAUCUAUGGUGAAGUUCAUGAUGACAUGGGUCAGAAGACAGAUAUAACUAAGAAAAAUGAGCCUGUGGAUUUCUCAGUCAAUCCCCAAGCAGAUACAACAUUUCAGUUCUUUGACCACCAUCUGAUGGAAUCUGUUAAGCUGGGGGAUUCCAAAGUGUAUGAAUUUCUUCGAUUACUUGCCCUUUGUCACACCGUAAUGUCGGAGAAAAAUAGUGCAGGACAGCUGAUUUACCAAGUUCAGUCACCUGAUGAGGGGGCUUUAGUGACUGCUGCAAGAAAUUUUGGGUUCAUUUUUAAGUCUCGAACCCCAGAGACAAUAACUGUAGAAGAAUUGGGAACACUGGUUACUUACCAACUGCUUGCCUUCUUGGACUUCAACAAUAUCAGAAAAAGGAUGUCUGUCAUAGUUCGAAACCCAGAAGGACAGAUAAAGCUUUAUUCCAAAGGAGCAGACACUAUUCUAUUUGAAAAACUUCAUCCAUCCAAUGAAGACCUUCUGACUUUGACGACAAACCAUCUCAGUGAAUUUGCAGGGGAAGGCCUUCGAACCUUGGCCAUUGCAUACAGAGAUCUGGAUGACAAGUACUUUAAAGAGUGGCAUAAGAUGCUUGAAGAUGCAAGCGCUCUCAUGGAUGAAAGGGAUGAACGGAUAGCUGGACUAUAUGAAGAAAUUGAAAGGGAUUUAAUGCUACUAGGUGCCACUGCUGUAGAAGAUAAGUUACAAGAGGGUGUUACUGAAACGAUUGCAAGUUUAUCAUUAGCUAAUAUUAAGAUCUGGGUCCUAACAGGAGACAAACAAGAAACUGCCAUCAACAUUGGCUAUGCCUGCAACAUGCUGACUGAUGACAUGAAUGAUGUGUUCAUUAUAGCAGGGAAUACAGCAGUGGAAGUCAGAGAAGAACUCAGAAAAGCAAAGGAAAAUUUGUUUGGACAAAACAGAAGUUCUUCCAACGGCCAUGUAGUUUUUGAAAAACAGCAGCUGGAGCUGGACUCAGUUGUAGAAGAAACCAUAACAGGAGAUUAUGCCUUAAUCAUAAAUGGCCACAGUUUGGCCCAUGCCCUAGAAAGUGAUGUCAAGAAUGAUCUUCUAGAACUCGCCUGCAUGUGUAAGACUGUGGUUUGCUGCCGAGUCACCCCACUCCAGAAAGCCCAAGUAGUAGAGCUGGUGAAGAACUAUAGGAAUGCUGUCACUUUGGCCAUCGGCGAUGGAGCCAAUGACGUCAGCAUGAUCAAAAGUGCUCACAUUGGCGUUGGCAUCAGCGGCCAGGAAGGACUGCAGGCAGUCUUAGCCAGUGACUAUUCAUUUGCACAAUUUAGAUACCUCCAAAGGCUUCUCCUUGUGCAUGGAAGGUGGUCCUAUUUCCGAAUGUGCAAAUUCUUAUGCUAUUUCUUCUAUAAGAAUUUUGCAUUCACACUUGUGCAUUUCUGGUUUGGUUUCUUCUGUGGUUUUUCAGCCCAGACUGUUUAUGACCAGUGGUUUAUUACCCUUUAUAACAUUGUCUACACAUCACUGCCUGUUUUAGCCAUGGGCAUUUUUGACCAGGAUGUGAGUGACCAGAACAGCAUGGACUAUCCCCAGCUCUACGAACCUGGACAGCUGAACCUACUGUUUAACAAGCGUAAAUUUUUCAUCUGCAUGGCACAUGGCAUCUACACCUCACUGGCCCUUUUCUUCAUCCCCUAUGGAGCCUUUUACAAUGUGGCUGGAGAAGAUGGGCAGCACAUAGCCGACUACCAGUCUUUUGCAGUUACCAUGGCUACGUCUUUGGUCAUUGUGGUCAGUGUGCAGAUAGCCUUGGAUACCAGUUACUGGACUGUCAUUAAUCAUGUCUUCAUCUGGGGCAGCGUUGCCACUUACUUCUCCAUUUUAUUUACCAUGCACAGUAAGGGCAUCUUUGGCAUCUUCCCAAACCAGUUUCCAUUUGUUGGAAAUGCACGACAUUCUUUGACCCAGAAGUGCAUCUGGCUUGUUAUUCUCUUAACAACAGUGGCAUCAGUUGUGCCUGUGGUGGUAGUCAGAUUUUUGAAGAUGGAUUUAUGCCCAACCCUGAGUGACCAGAUCCGUCAGAGGCAAAAGGCUCAAAAGAAGACAAGGCCCUUACGUAGCCAAAGGCCUCAGACUCGCAGGUCAAGCUCAAGAAGAUCUGGAUAUGCUUUUGCUCACCAAGAGGGCUAUGGAGAGCUUAUCACAUCUGGAAAAAAUAUGCGAGCUAAAAACCCACCCCUAACCUCAGGGUUGGAAAAGACACUGUAUAAUAGCACUAGCUGGAUUGAAAAUUUCUGCAAGAAAACCACAGACACUGUGAGCAGCUUCAGCCAGGAUAAAACAGUGAAACUGUGA